AUGCCUCCGAGCUAUCCUCCCGACACUCCAAUACUCCAAAACUUUUCCUUUGGUUACAACGUCGGCUCUCAGACCGACGCAAUGCUCCCCGGCCUUGAGUCAAGGCCAACAAUAGGCUUCAAUGAUCUCCCUAAAGACUCUAUUGACCGGUUACUCAGUGAUUACUUUCGGUACUCACAUAAUCAGCCAUAUUCAUUCUUCCAUGAGGAAACGUUCCGCCGCAAGGUUGCUAACGGUACCAUGCCUGACUACCUUUUGCAGGCUGUUAUUGCCAGCAGUCUGCGCUUUUCGACUGACCCGUACUUCGAAGAUAACUUGUUCUUCACAAACAAGCGCAAGGUCACGGCGGAUAUCUUCGCCAACAAUUCCUGGAGAAUACUCUCUUCUAGGUUUGUAGACGGGGACGAUGAUUGCAACGUAGGGGUCGUACAAGCAAUUACCCUCCUAGCUAUCUAUGAGUUUGUUGAGGGAAGGCAGCGCAAAGCCUGGGUCAAGAUCGGCAUAGCCGCUAAAUUUGCCCAGGAUCUACGUCUUAUGUUUGAACCAGCUUCGUCACUCGCAUUUUCGGAGCAGGAAGAAAGUCGUCGUGCAUUCUGGUCGAUUUAG